UUCUAUUGUUCUUGCGAACGAGGCUCUCUAUUCAUCAAAUUUCUGACGUACCACUGACCAUGCCUUUUCGAACUUCACGACGCCAAAGAGGGUUGUGAUCGUUGUAUCAUUUGUGUCAUUGACCUAAACUUCCAAACUUCAAAAUGCCAAAGGAAAAGAUUCACAUUAACAUCGUUGUCAUUGGUCAUGUCGACUCUGGCAAGUCAACCACAACUGGUCACUUGAUCUACAAGUGUGGUGGUAUCGACAAAAGAACCAUUGAGAAAUUUGAGAAGGAAGCCCAAGAAAUGGGAAAAGGUUCUUUCAAAUAUGCCUGGGUAUUGGACAAGCUGAAGGCUGAGCGUGAGCGUGGUAUCACAAUUGACAUUGCUUUGUGGAAAUUUGAAACUGAAAAAUUCUAUGUCACUGUCAUUGAUGCCCCAGGACACAGAGAUUUCAUCAAAAACAUGAUCACUGGUACAUCACAGGCUGACUGUGCCGUUCUCAUUGUUGCCUCCGGUACUGGUGAAUUCGAAGCUGGUAUUUCAAAGAAUGGUCAGACAAGAGAGCAUGCAUUGCUUGCUUUCACACUUGGGGUCAAGCAGAUGAUUGUAUGUACAAACAAAAUGGACAGCACAGAACCACCAUUCAGUGAAGCUAGAUACAAUGAAAUUGUCAAGGAGGUGUCUGGGUACUUAAAGAAGAUCGGUUAUGACCCCAAAGCUGUUGCAUUUGUUCCAAUUUCUGGUUUCAAUGGUGACAACAUGCUUGAAGAAUCUGAAAAUAUGAAAUGGUUCAAGGGCUGGAACAUUGAAAAGAAAACUCAGGAGAAAACAACUGUGAAGUCUACUGGGAAAACCCUUUUUCAGGCUCUGGACAGCAUCAUCCCUCCAGAGCGUCCUUAUAAGCUGCCACUGAGGCUGCCUCUUCAAGAUGUCUAUAAGAUUGGUGGAAUUGGCACGGUCCCAGUUGGUCGUAUUGAAACCGGUAUUCUGAAACCAGGUAUGGUUGUUACAUUUGCACCAGCCAACCUCACCACUGAAGUAAAGUCUGUAGAGAUGCACCACGAGUCUCUGCCAGAAGCCUCUCCUGGUGACAAUGUUGGAUUCAAUGUCAAGAAUGUAUCUGUGAAAGAAAUCAAAAGAGGCAUGGUUGCUGGUGACAGCAAAAAUGAUCCACCAAAGGAGGCCAAAUCAUUUGAUGCUCAAGUUAUCAUUUUGAACCACCCUGGUGAGAUCCAUGCUGGUUACUCUCCAGUUCUCGACUGUCACACUGCACAUAUUGCAUGUAAGUUUGCUGAGCUUAAGGAGAAGAUUGACAGGAGAUCAGGUAAGAAGCUCGAGGAAAACCCACAGAAGGUAAAGUCUGGAGAUGCUGCAAUGAUUAAGCUUGUUCCAAGCAAACCUAUGUGCGUGGAAACCUUCAGUGAAUACCCACCAUUGGGAAGGUUUGCAGUCCGUGAUAUGAAACAAACUGUAGCUGUAGGAGUCAUUAAAGGUGUUGAAAAGGCAGAAGCAGGUAGUGGUAAAGUCACAAAAGCAGCCCAAAAAGCAACAAAGAAGAAGUAAUUGAACAUGAAUAUUGCGUUUAAAAACUGUAAGAGUUGACUCUAAUUUUAGAAGGAUAUAAAAGUUAGUGUCAAUGGAAAAAAAUUUCGAGUAAUAAAAUCAUGUGAAAAUUA